AAGAUGAAUACAAGAGUAUAUUCUGAGAUCACUGCGGCAAUAAGGAGAAUGCGAGAAUCGGACUUUUCCGAAAAACCAGCAGACCCGAAUCUUCUCAUACGUAACGGGUCGUGUUAAAUGGAAAUAGAAAUUUGGCGUGUUACUUCCAGCAGAGUUCUACUGUUGUUGCUCGUGGCUACAACGUUCUUUGUCCGAAUGACAUGUCAGGAUUCAUCCUUGGAGUCCUACGAAGACAAGUACGACGAUAGCGAUCCAGAGGUCGAGCAAUUAAAUGGCGACGAAGACGACGAGAAAGGCAUUAGCUUUCCUUUUAGAGCGGAGACCGAAGUUUACACAACUUUGGCCGCAACGCCUCGAAAAAAGGGUAAAUGCGACGAAGAUCAGAUACUGCAAUAUCUGGCAGAGUUGCGAGUCAUAAACCCUGAGUCUAUUUUACUUAUCGCAUCGUACAAAGAUCUCGAGCUCCUUUGUAGGAGAAUAGCAACAAAUUUAGAUUCCUUUGAUGCCUUUAUGCAAUCGUGUAUUCCACUGCCACAAGACCAUCUGUACUUGCAGCUAAUGAUAGGGAUUCGAGUGCUUUAUGGUAAACUUUGCGUACCUUCGGAGUACCAGAGAGGUUUUAAAAAAUAUGCCUCAUGUUAUCAAGAACUUCAUCAUGAGUAUUUCGACUGUGGUGGUCCAGCUGACUGGACGGAAAACAUGGAAGAUCAAGAGCUGUGCGAUCAAUACAAGGCGAUAGCGGAUUGCUAUUUUACCAAAACGGCUAUGCUAUGCGGGAUAAAAGCGGCAAAAACAAUGAAGGAACUCGUUGUACGAGUUAUUAAUGCUGUUAUCGACGUGAGUAUACCUAUGUUAAUCAUUUCGACCAUUGAAAUUUUAUAUAAACUGAAUAUAUAUUUUAACACAGAAUAUAACGAAGGAAUGUGUAAUAAUUAUAACAUUUUAAUAAUAUAACUUUUUCUAU